UGUCCCGAUUGCUGACACUGUCCCAAUAUCGGACAGAAUUAAUUCAAGUGAGCAUAAUAACGAAUCAGUUCAAGGAAACGACAGAGUCUAUGCAUUAAAGACAUCUACAGUCAUAAUCUGAAAUCAUCCACCAAAAUCUUCAGUGGUACCAACUUUCCUAUACUUCAUGCGUCCAUUGGAAAAGGCGGUUUGCGAGUGACAGUGAUUUCAGUGUUUUAUCUUAUAGUGAAUGAGGAUUUGCAGACACUUUCCAGAAUGCCCUCAAAAAAGAAUAAAAACUACUCACUGGAUACGCUCAAGUUGGCUUUGGAAGCUAUAAGAAAUGGAAUGCCGGUUAAGAGAGCCAGCAGAGAAUUCAAUAUUCCUAAAACAACGUUGCAUUCAAAAUUUCAUGGAAAAUAUGCCAUCAAUUGUUCUGCUGGAGCCCCAACAAUUUUGACCGCAGAAGAAGAGGGCACAUUGGUCAAGUGGAUUAUUAGUGUAAGUCGAGUCGGUUUUCCUGUAGACAGAAGUCAAUUAUUGGAUAGUGUACGAAUGUUGCUACUCAAGAAGAAAAGAGAGAAUCCGUUCAAAGACAAUCGUCCUGGAAGGCAUUGGUAUGAAGGUUUUCUUCGCCGACAUCCGGAAAUCACAAGAAGAAUGACGCAAAACCUCGUUCAUUCUAGAGCCACAUUAACUGAAGUUCAAAUCAGAAACUGGUUCAAGGAACUGGAACAAUAUUUCCAUGAUAAUAAUCUGACCGAAAUUCUUUAUGAUCCACGAAGAAUUUAUAAUACUGAUGAAAGUGCGUUCUUCCUUUGUCCAAAGGGAAAAAAAGUACUGGCAAUGAAGGGCUGCAGAACAGUUUACAACCAUACUGCCAAUGAUGAGAAAGAAUGCAUAACAACACUCAUCACAGGAAACGCAGCUGGAGAUUUGCCUCCUCCAAUGGUCAUGUUUGCCUAUGAACGCAUUCCUCAGAGCAUAGUAGCACUAAUGCCUGAUAAAUGGGGCUUAGGGAAAUCUGAAUCAGGCUGGAUGACCGGCGAGAGUUUUUUUGAAUACGUCUCCAAUAUAUUCCAUCCCUGGCUCAUAAGGAACAAUAUACCAUUACCAGUUAUAUUUUAUGUGGAUGGGCAUAAAUCACAUUUGACGAUGCAUCUAAGUAAUUUCUGCUCUGACAAUGGAAUAAUUCUCAUAAGCUUAUUUCCAAAUGCAACACAUAUGCUUCAGUGGUUGUGGAUUAUCUGGAUAUAA